AUGUAAAAUAAUUCAUACUUUAUAUUUUUAGAAAGAGCAUUUAUAUAAAAUACUUCAAAAUAUUUUCAAAAAUCAAACAUUUUAUUUAAAUCUUUAAUUGUAAAAUCAAACAUUUAAAUUAAUUUAAUAAAUCAUCAAUUGUAUAUAUUAAUAUUGAAAAAAAAAUCUAGAGUAUUAGUAAAGGUUCGAGUUAGUAUAUUAGAAAAAAUUAGUUAAGCCAAUAUUACACUUAUGAAAUACAAUACAAAUCUGGCCAUGAAGAAAAGUUUAAUAUAUGGUAAAACCCAUUUCCAGAAUGCGUAAAUAGGAACUAUUAUAUAAAAAUACCAGAAUCCAGACCAGAAGCAAGUACCAAAUUCAAUUGCAGAGUUUACAAUUAAAAGAUCUAAUUGA